CCAGGGUCCCCAGAGCCCUGGCCGCGCCCACCUAUCGCACUGACACAGGCCUGGAGUGCGCCCCUGGAGGCACCGAGGCAGAUCCUGGAUGGUAUCAAUUCUCCCCUAGGAUUCCAGCAGGAAACCGCUCUCCCUGACACCCCCCCACACACACAGCUGGAGGUGCUGAACUCCAUGUGGACACACCUCCCUGAUACCACCCCUCCUGCAGGCUACAACAUGGCUGCCCAGAACAGAACCGUUAGCUUUGCACCUGGCUUGAAUCCGCCUCAAGACCAUGCCUCCUCCCUUCCCUUCAACUUCAGUUACAGCGAUUACGACCUCCCCCUGGAUGAGGAUGAGGACAUGACCAAGACACAGACCUUCUUCGCAGCCAAGAUUGUCAUUGGCGUGGCACUGGCAGGCAUCAUGCUAGUCUGUGGCGUCGGCAACUUUGUCUUCAUUGCUGCCCUCGCCCGCUACAAGAAGCUACGCAACCUUACCAACCUCCUCAUUGCUAACUUGGCCAUCUCAGACUUCCUGGUGGCGAUCGUCUGCUGCCCCUUUGAGAUGGACUAUUACGUGGUACGUCAGCUUUCCUGGGAGCACGGCCACGUGCUGUGCGCCUCUGUCAACUACCUGCGUACGGUCUCGCUGUACGUCUCCACCAAUGCCCUGCUGGCCAUCGCUAUUGACAGAUACCUGGCCAUUGUCCACCCCUUGAAGCCGCGGAUGAAUUAUCAGACCGCCUGGUUCCUGAUUGCUUUGGUCUGGAUGGUCUCCAUCCUUAUCGCCAUCCCAUCUGCCUACUUCACCACCGAAACCAUCCUCGUUGUUGUCAAGAACCAGAAAAAGACCUUCUGUGGCCAGAUCUGGCCGGUGGACCAGCAGCUCUACUACAAAUCCUAUUUCCUCUUCGUCUUUGGCCUUGAGUUCGUGGGCCCAGUUGUCACCAUGACCCUGUGCUAUGCCAGGAUCUCCCAGGAGCUUUGGUUCAAAGCUGUACCUGGUUUCCAGACGGAGCAGAUCCGCAAGCGGUUGCGCUGCCGCCGCAAGACUGUGCUACUACUCAUGGGCAUCCUCACGGCCUAUGUGCUGUGCUGGGCACCUUUCUAUGGCUUUACCAUCGUGCGAGACUUCUUCCCCACUGUGUUUGUGAAGGAGAAGCACUACCUCACCGCCUUCUACGUCGUUGAGUGCAUCGCCAUGAGCAACAGCAUGAUCAACACUGUGUGCUUCGUGACGGUCAAGAACAACACAAUGAAGUACUUCAAGAAGAUGCUGCUACUGCACUGGCGGCCCUCUCCCUAUGGCAGCAAGUCGAGCGCUGACCUUGACCUCAAAACCAGUGGGGUGCCGGCCACAGAAGAGGUGGAUUGUAUCAGGCUGAAGUAGCCUGCUGGUGAUGCCCAAGGGAAAACAAAUUCGGUACUCAGUGUAUCACACACCAUCAAACACUCAUGAGCUACAUGAGAAAAGACAACAGUAUUCAUGAUCUCCUGCCCAAAUGUAUCUGGAUGCUCCUAUGUCCUAACAUAUGGUACAACUGAUACCUGUGUAACACCUUGAGAGACAAGACACAAAUGGCAGCAAGUGACAAGGACUGAAUGCCUUCUGUGUGCAAACCACAGCAAGAGAUUAUUCAAGGACAGGAGCUGACGUUUGCUGACUACCUGCUAUGCGCAGAAACAGUUACCACCCCUUCCGACAAAUGGUAGCAUCUGUUUGGCGCUACCAUGCUCUAUCUAUCCACUUAAUCUAGCUAUCCAUCCAUCUAGAGCACUUGAAAGAGGUCACAGAUGAUUAACCAGAGUCGUGCUCCGUAUUCUCUCGUCUCUAUCCCAUCCACACAGAACCGUCACAAGGCAACAGAACAAAGUACAAAGACCCAGCAGAAGUGUAAGGGUGACUCCAUCAGUAUGGAGCCCAUGGUCUCAGGGUAAGAGAAUCCAGACAUCAUAUUCACCUUCCCCACCCAGCUCCAGCUAUCUCCUGAAUAUUCUGUACUUACCUACAAUGGUGUAAUUUCAAAGGGGGAAAAUGUCUUUACCACUGAUGUGUCAAAUUCCAUCAGCCUAUAGGGCAAAGAUGGGAAAUACAAACACAAGACAUGCAUCUAGUUCCUGAUACUUCAGUGCCAAGAAGUACAAGGCUUUGGGGUCAUGGAGGAAGAGGACACAGAAAGAGGCAGAAGCUGCCAGUGGCAAUGAAUAGAAUCUGUGUCCGUUUACUACAAUGUGGAUGAUUCUCUAGAACAUGCUCUGUUGUAUAAAAGGAGUUUUGGUUGAGAGCCGAAGAUCUGUGUGAAAGUCCUAACUCCAGGACUCAUCUCUGUGUGCUUCCACGUUAAUGAAAUGGGAAUGAUGAAAACAGGUCAUUAGAAAAGCCCAUUGAAGCCACGGUCUGUAUGAUUUCCAGCUCUACCCUGGUUAAGAAUGUGAUACUGAAUAGCUCAUUAGAGUCUGGAAAUGACAUUCACUGUGGGUCUUUUUUUAAUAGAGGAACAGCUUCACAUUUUCAUCCCUGAUCUUUGGACCCGAGACUACUGAACUCAUUUUAAAGUAGCGUAUCUCAAGUGGGGCAUAGAGGUCCACCUGCCCCAGGGUAAAAUCAAGAGGAUGCAGCCAAUGCCCAUACUCUCAGCAUCCCUGUGGUCUUGGAAGCACUGACCGUCUUCCCAACAUAGCAUGGGUGGACCCCAGGCCUGAACUCAUUUGUAUUGUGUCAUUGCAGACAGUAGGGUUGGUGAGGUUGACCUGCCUGCCUAGGAGUGUCUCCUUCCUCCUUCACAGCACUACGUGCAUCCCUCCCUUAACUGCACACUUUGUUACUAAGGAAGACCGUCCUCAACCCUGAAGAACCAGUGUUCCUUCAAGGGCAUAGGCACGGCAGGCUUCCAUGAUAAACCUCCAAUCUCUCCAGUAGACCCUGUAUCCUUUGAGUGUGUCGACAGGUUUCACCUCCUUCUUACAUUUGAACAUACGGUCCUCCUUUUGUUUGGAUUCAGCUGGAAAACACUUCUGUAAUUAUCAAUGUGUAUAUGUAAUAUUCCAGUGGAGCAAGGGUAUGCGGUUCUCAUAUGAAAUAGUUAACGUACAGAAGUAUAAUCACGGUGUUGAAAGGGUUCCCUGCUAAUCUUUUAUGCUGUGUUUAUAUGAAGCAUGAUUAAUAAAAACUCAGAAACAAAAACUGGGGUUCAACCUGAAGGUCAGAAA